GACCCGGGCUCACGGGCCGCACAAUGAGUUGCGCCUGCGCCAGCAAACGCCCCGCCCCUCCUCCCCCGGUCCUCUAUAAAGCCUCGAGCUUCUCCUCGCGAGAGGCUUCGUUCUCAUGCUCGCUGCAGGGGUCGGAGGUCAGAGCGAGCGUCUCGCGGGCCGUAGGAGGAAGAUGGCGGUGGAGUCGCGCGUUACCCAGGAGGAAAUUAAGAAAGAGCCGGAGAAGCCGAUCGAUCGGGAGAAAGUAUGGGGUCCGGAAAGAGGUGGAGACGUGCCCGCUGCUGCUGCGUGUUUUCACCACCAAUAACGGCCGCCACCACCGAAUGGACGAAUUCUCCCGCGGGAACGUCCCGUCCAGCGAACUGCAGAUCUACACUUGGAUGGAUGCAACUUUGAAAGAACUGACUAGUUUAGUAAAAGAAGUCUACCCAGAAGCUAGGAAGAAGGGCACACACUUCAAUUUUGCAAUUGUUUUUACAGAUCCUAAAAGGCCUGGCUAUCGAGUAAAGGAGAUCGGCAGCACCAUGUCUGGGAGGAAGGGGACUGAUGACUCCAUGACCCUGCAGUCGCAGAAGUUCCAAAUAGGAGACUAUCUGGACAUAGCAAUCACCCCUCCAAAUCGGGCACCGCCUUCUUCAGGGCGCAUGAGACCGUAUUAAAUUUUAUUUACUAUUUCUUGAAUUAUUUUUCAUUCAGUUAUGUAAAAUAAACUUUUUCCUCCCCUCAUCAUUGCCAUUAAGCCUUUAAACUCCAAACAAAUUGUAACGCGUCUGUUUAGGAAUUAGAUUUGGCUGUGUUGGAUAUUAGUAGAAAUCGACAUGUUUCUGGUCUUGCCAUAAAAUACGAAGAAAAGUGCUCUUAGCAUCCUAGGUGUUAAAUACAUGUGUGCAAUCA